UGCUAUCGCCCGUGUCAUUUCCCCCCAUAGUUUGCCUUAAAGCUACAAUCUUUACUUCGUGUUUUCACCCAAACUCCAGCCCGCCACUUUUUGUUAUAGGCCUAUUACUGAAGGAUGGGGUUGCACGAGAGACGACCGCUGUUCACUGCACUUUGGUGCUGAACGCGAGAUCGCGGUAUUCCGAUUCAGUCGCUGUCAAUUACAAUUAUUCUUAAACUGAAUCUCCAAUCGCGUCUGUUUUCGUGUUGUUUGCGCAGUCCUACUUUCACACCAUCGGUUUUUUUUGCUGACAGCUGUGACAAAGUCGACACACGGUUUUGUCGACGUGAAGAAUGGACUUGGAAGAUAGCCACCAGGAGAAAGGGAUGGAAGAGGAGGUGGAGGUGGAGGUGGAGGCAGAGAAACCAGACGCUCAACUAAAGGAAGAGAAGAAGAUCAUGUCUGGCAAGGCCCCCACAAAAUCAGCAGACCAAGGCACUGAAGAAGGUUCCUCAGUGGCAUUCUGUUCACCCCGAGCUCACUAUCCAGAUAAAUACCGAAACAGAGCGGCCGUAAUUCAACUCUUACAGGAGGAAUUACGCAAGAGUCAACUUUACCCCUCAGGAAUGGAAGAGGACGUCUGCUUCCCAAUCCUCAUCAAUUUCAUGAGGAAUCUCACUGAUAGGCAGUGGAAGGUGAUUCAGGAGGGCAUGAGAAAUCCUACAACCAAAGUACAACUUGCCAAAAUGUGUAGGAAGAUAGCGAAAACGGUUUCCCACAUUGCGGUAGAGAUCCUCAUCCCGACCCUUGCACAAAUAUUAGAGCUUGAUUCUGCUGGAGAAGCUAGUUCCUCUCCCUCGCUGACUGGAUCAGAGUGCGCCAACAUUUCAAGCAUCCAGGAACAUGUGGUGAAAUUGAAUGAAGAUGGUCUACCUAAGAGGCCUGGCAGUGGAAGGUCCCUGUGCAGUCAAUGGGCCAGGACUCCCUCGGCCACUGAUUUUGAGCAGUCACACAUGGUGACAUUUGAUGACAAAGAUCUAUCCACAAGGCCCAGCAGUGGAAGAUAUCUGUACAGUCAAUGGGUCAAGAGUCCCUACCCCUCAUCCACUGAAUUUGAACAGAGGCUGGAAUUGAUCCGCGGACACAGUUACCACAACAGAGAAUUGAGGACGAGUGACAGUCACAGACAUUAUUACAGCUCCCACACACCCACUCCACGUUCAUCCACAAGUUCCCAGACGUCGUUGCAGAGGGCACAUCGAGUAGACGCUCGACUGACAGAUCCUCUGAAUUCCCUCUUUGGGAUCACAGAGGCCACAAUUCUCCAAACGCUGGGUGAUCAAUCCUGCUCUUCUGGCUCACCUGGAUUGACCAGAUCUGUGGUCAGAGAUGUCGUGAGUCAGGUGAACUCUGACAUCUCACUGAUCAUCUCCUAUUCCAGCUCAGGUAAAUCAAGUCCAGUGUUGUGUGACACUGGCAGGCGAUAUGCCGUGCAGGCCGCCCAGAAGCUGGUGUCUGUUAUCUGUGCCAAGUUGCGGAGCUUUGGAAUCACUGGACAGGCUGCGCCUCAAGCCAAAACCAAUCCAUCUAAGGAGAAUGUGGACAUUGAGGCUUCUCUUGCACCAUUGACAGGAGAGGUCAUGGCUGUUAUGGUCAACUCCAGAGAAUGCCAGGGAGGAGAGCAAGGAACAAUGGAUGUGCUUCGAGAAAUAACACACAAAGUAAAUGUUUUGGCUUCAAGGGAUAGUGUUGGUCUUCUGGAAGACUCCUUAGCAGAGAAAAACAAUCUGAAAGAGACUGUAUCCUCUGGCAGCUUGGUGAGUCCAAACAUCCUCAUACUUUCACCUUCUGAGAAAAAGCUUGGAUCUCCUGUAAUGACAACCAUUGAGAAAUUUUCCAGUGUUGAAUUGAAGUCAGAAGCCACUAACGCUAUUAGCGAAGUGCUCAUUAGGUCUAGCAGAAGUCUAUCUGCACAAAUGUCUGCUUGCACACCUGAGCAUUCAUGUAAUCUGGCCAGUGAAAGGAAUCUGCCAGCUAUGCCAGAACUUAUAACAACUACAAUUAAUGUAGGUUCUGAAGCCUCUGAAAUUAUGGAUUCCUUUCUGAGCGAUAUGACAUGUAUCGCACAAUCAGAUUUCACAAAAAUGAAAGCUCUACCCGCGGCCCUUAACCUUUCUAAAAGGUUGCAGAAUACUCUGAGGGGAUUUUACUCUCGACUUUUGGCCCCUAACAGCUCAGAAAGAGACAAAGAGGAGAAUCUAGAGCAAGCUAAAAACAUUUCUGCUCCUACUUUGAUCCAAAAGUCAUUUGGAUCCAACAAGAGUGAGCGUAUGCUUCCAGGGGUCAUAUCACCAGGAGAAGUGGCUCUUCAUAGACAGAGCGAAAGCUCCACACCUAUGGCUCUUAGCCCUCAGAUCAUUCAGCUUCACCUCGACUCUACCACUAAGGAGGUUGUGAGCACAAUUGUGUCAUGUUACAAGCCAGAAGUUCCUGAGGAAGAAUUGACAUAUUCACAUGAAAGGAUGUCAUCGGAUACGUCCCUUUUGGCUACUGAGUUUGUGGACCAUGUCAUAGCUUGGUUAAAGGUCAUCUCUGCCGCAAGUUCUGCAACUUCUUCAUCAGAGAGUUUGUGCGUUUCUCCAAAUGCAUUCAUUUGCGAACUCUCCAGUGAAACGUUUCAGACACAGGCUGUGAAACGAGUGAAACAAGUCCUAAUUGAAUCUGUCAGGUGCUUUUCCAACUCAGGAAGUUCCAGCAUAUCAGAGUCCCACACUAGUCGGGUCAGUCAAUCAGAUUUUGGCAUUCAACAGGAUUCCUCCUCAACUUCCUUUAUGAGCAUGGACUCAUCCUCUUUUGGUGUUGUUGCAGCCGUUGUGAAAGACAUGAAGAGCCUGUUGCAGACCACCGAACCAACUGAUAGUCUACAGCCAACUGAUUCUGCCCUUCUACAUGGUACCACAAGUUAUUCUGAGACAUCAAACAAGAGCUGGCAAAGUGGUGUUGCCAUUUCUGACUUUAAACUUUGGUCUACAGCACAGACUAUUUAUAGGCACCUGCGGAACAACCUGAGAGAGUUUUUCAUCCGGCAUCAUCAACCAGAUGUAAAAACCACAGAUGCUAUCAUAAUGCAAGCCAAAAAAAGCAGCAGUCAAAUCUUGCUUGCCAUCCAAGAGGAAAUGACCAGAUCGGAGGAAUUGAUGACCUCACGGGAGCUGGUGCAACUCCAUGGCAUUGUGGGAAUGAUGCUGGAGGGUGUGGAGACAGUUUGCAGUGAGGAUGAUACAGAGCAAGAGUGGCAAGAGCUUCAAAGGCCUUCAACUUCUUUAUCUACUGCUUCAAAAGGCUCAAGCUCUCAGAGAUUGAACAAUACUCACACUCUCCCAGGAACUACAAUGUCAACUGAGUUACUGGACAGUAGCUUCCCUGUCAUUAGAAGCACAUGUAUUGAUGCAAGAGAUGAUAUUGCAUCCGGGGCCUCAUUGAGUGACCAAGGAAAACCCCUGAAUGGUGUGGUGAGCUUCAUCAUUGAACAUCUUGAUCCUGAAGUGAUGCAGCAGAUCACUUCUCCAGACUCUGAUCUAACAUCACUAGAAGAACUUAUCUCAAAGGAGAAGAUUCACUCAUUGUGCCAUGACCUUGUUGCUCAACUUGAGAGCCUCAUUCGGGAGCAGAACAGCAUCCCACUAAUCAAAUCGGUGGCAGUCGCUAAGUGUGUCUCUGACACAGUUUUGCUUAACCUAGCAAGGAGGGAAAACCAAGUGGGGAAACCCUUCUCCUCCAAACUCAUCUACAUGUUCGCUGAGGAGUUAGUGAAGCAAUUGCUGCUUCCUUUGAUCUUGCCUCCUUCAUUGUGGGGCUUGGAUCAGGAAGCCUCCCUUUACGAUGUUCCGUCGAGCACAUCUAGUCACCGCAGCUCAAGUUCCACUACUUCUCUAGUGACUGUACUUGAUGGUAGUAGCUCUGUGGUGUCUGCUAGUUCUUCGCAGGUUUACGAUGACACAGUGAAUCUGUUCACAAGCGCAAUCUGUCAUCAAGUGAUGGACAACAUUUCUGGAGCCUCUAGUCACACAGUGGAGGACAACAUCCAUGACAGAGAGGCAUCCAUCAUUGCUACUGGGUCUGUGGAACAGGCCCAGAGUGAUUCCAGUUCUCCUCGGGCUGUGAAACAAGACAAAUGGAGGUUCAGAUUCCUCCCCAAGUUUUCCAAGUUCAGACUCAACCUCAAGGACUUGGAAGAUAGCCACCAGGAGAAAGGGAUGGAAGAGGAGGUGGAGGCAGAGAAACCAGACGCUCAACUAAAGGAAGAGAAGAAGGUCAUGUCUGGCAAGGCCCCCACAAAAUCAGCAGACCAAGGCACUGAAGAAGGUUCCUCAGUGGCAUUCUGUUCACCCCGAGCUCACUAUCCAGAUAAAUACCGAAACAGAGCGGCCGUAAUUCAACUCUUACAGGAGGAAUUACGCAAGAGUCAACUUUACCCCUCAGGAAUGGAAGAGGACGUCUGCUUCCCAAUCCUCAUCAAUUUCAUGAGGAAUCUCACUGAUAGGCAGUGGAAGGUGAUUCAGGAGGGCAUGAGAAAUCCUCAGACAACCAAAGUACAACUUGCCAAAAUGUGUAGGAAGAUAGCGAAAACGGUUUCCCACAUUGCGGUUGAGAUCCUCAUCCCGACCCUUGCACAAAUAUUAGAGCUUGAUUCCGCUGGAGAAGCUAGUUCCUCGCUGACUGGAUCAGAGUGCGCCAACAUUUCAAGCAUCCAGGAACAUGUGGUGAAAUUGAAUGAAGAUGGUCUACCUAAGAGGCCUGGCAGUGGAAGGUCCCUGUGCAGUCAAUGGGCCAGGACUCCCUCGGCCACUGAUUUUGAGCAGUCACACAUGGUGACAUUUGAUGACAAAGAUCUAUCCACAAGGCCCAGCAGUGGAAGAUAUCUGUACAGUCAAUGGGUCAAGAGUCCCUACCCCUCAUCCACUGAAUUUGAACAGAGGCUGGAAUUGAUCCGCGGACACAGUUACCACAACAGAGAAUUGAGGACGAGUGACAGUCACAGACAUUAUUACAGCUCCCACACACCCACUCCACGUUCAUCCACAAGUUCCCAGACGUCGUUGCAGAGGGCACAUCGAGUAGACGCUCGACUGACAGAUCCUCUGAAUUCCCUCUUUGGGAUCACAGAGGCCACAAUUCUCCAAACGCUGGGUGAUCAAUCCUGCUCUUCUGGCUCACCUGGAUUGACCAGAUCUGUGGUCAGAGAUGUCGUGAGUCAGGUGAACUCUGACAUCUCACUGAUCAUCUCCUAUUCCAGCUCAGGUAAAUCAAGUCCAGUGUUGUGUGACACUGGCAGGCGAUAUGCCGUGCAGGCCGCCCAAAGCUGGUGUCUGUUAUCUGUGCCAAGUUGCGGAGCUUUGGAAUCACUGGACAGGCUGCGCCUCAAGCCAAAACCAAUCCAUCUAAGGAGAAUGUGGACAUUGAGGCUUCUCUUGCACCAUUGACAGGAGAGGUCAUGGCUGUUAUGGUCAACUCCAGAGAAUGCCAGGGAGGAGAGCAAGGAACAAUGGAUGUGCUUCGAGAAAUAACACACAAAGUAAAUGUUUUGGCUUCAAGGGAUAGUGUUGGUCUUCUGGAAGACUCCUUAGCAGAGAAAAACAAUCUGAAAGAGACUGUAUCCUCUGGCAGCUUGGUGAGUCCAAACAUCCUCAUACUUUCACCUUCUGAGAAAAAGCUUGGAUCUCCUGUAAUGACAACCAUUGAGAAAUUUUCCAGUGUUGAAUUGAAGUCAGAAGCCACUAACGCUAUUAGCGAAGUGCUCAUUAGGUCUAGCAGAAGUCUAUCUGCACAAAUGUCUGCUUGCACACCUGAGCAUUCAUGUAAUCUGGCCAGUGAAAGGAAUCUGCCAGCUAUGCCAGAACUUAUAACAACUACAAUUAAUGUAGGUUCUGAAGCCUCUGAAAUUAUGGAUUCCUUUCUGAGCGAUAUGACAUGUAUCGCACAAUCAGAUUUCACAAAAAUGAAAGCUCUACCCGCGGCCCUUAACCUUUCUAAAAGGUUGCAGAAUACUCUGAGGGGAUUUUACUCUCGACUUUUGGCCCCUAACAGCUCAGAAAGAGACAAAGAGGAGAAUCUAGAGCAAGCUAAAAACAUUUCUGCUCCUACUUUGAUCCAAAAGUCAUUUGGAUCCAACAAGAGUGAGCGUA